AUGAACUCCGACACGGACCCAGGCCAGACUGUUUUAGACACGCUGAGGCACAAGUCACUCCUCCACGAGCAGGACAGAGGAGCAAUGAACUGGCUUCCACGGGAUAUGCAUUUAACUGAGAAGACCUCUGGUUCUCGGUCACGGAGUAAGAGUUGGAAAAGGGGUUCACGGGUUCCGGAGCAAGAACAACGUCAGCGAGAAGAUGAGGAUAGCUCCGAAGCCGAAAACUUGGUCAUUGGAGAGGCUCUUAAAGCUGAAAAGCGCGCCCAUGGUUUUGGACAGGCAGAUGCGUUGGAUCCGGCACUUCUGGAGCUUGCCCAACAGCAAGCACACGAACUGACAGCAAAGGAUUCCGGAAAAGCUGUCAACUUUAAGCUUCAGCAGGAUCUUCCCGUCUUCGCUGAACUUCUUACAUCAAAGUACAAUGAGUUGCAUGGAAUAGACAAUGCCUCCUCUCGUUCUAGACAUUCUAGAUUACUAGCCAGACACUCAUCAAUCUCUGCGUAUAAGUGCAUGCUAGCCAUGCUUAUUUCAUACAUCUUAUUCAUCUUUGCCCACGCAUCGAGUGGGUUGUCGAUCCGGCACCCAGUGUUUUUGCGGAUCACCGAAUUAAAGAAGCAACUGGAUGCGAUGCAGCCGGAGGUGCACAGUAUUCUGCAGCGAGCGCAAGUCCAGCCUAGGAUGCGGUCUACUAGAGUCACAGACACUCCCGAGUCCUCUGGGAAUGAUACUGAGACCGAUGGAAUCAAGACUGUGGGGGCUCGUGAGCGCAGUUCUGCAACUAAUGAAGAUUCUGCUUCUACUUCAAUGGAGGACCUGGUGGUCUUCGGGUCGGACGAGUCUGACGCUUCGAGUGCAUAUGAGCUAGAAGACCUUGCAGCCGGUGGCAGACCUGUCAAUAGACAUAGUAAGCCAGGCAUAAGUGUUCUUGACAACUUGGGCUUGGAGUUGGACCUGUCCGCUCAAUCGCACCCCAUAUCAGGAGACAGGAGCGUGAGCGCCUAUGAGCAGCGAGUUCAGCGGUCAGCCGAGCGUCGUGAAGCUCAGCGUCUAAAAGCUAUCCAGGCUGCAGAGAACCGUAAGCUUAAGAAGCCGAAAGAGCAAGCUGGUGUCGAUAUCCGGUCUAAACAACUAGCUGAUGCAAUAUUACAAAAGGAGGAAGCGACGAAAGAGAUACGAAAGGCCAUAGCUCAGAAUCAGAAGGGGUAUGAGCCAACAUACUACGAUCCUACACAGGAUAAGAUUGACCCUACAGAUAGGGUCGGCUACCGGCCUGUGUCUAUUAACAUGAAGAAAGGCCAAGGAGAUCUAAAGCGCCAUAAGAGCAAACAUGCCUCCACUAGCAGGACUCUUCUUCGGUACAAAUAUGAAAAGGCGGUGGAGAUCAACAAACGGACAGCAGUGCCAACCAGGGAGCAAAAUGGUGCAUAUACAGGCGAAAGUAAGGGAAUUCGCACAAAUGUCACCCAUUCCCGCAAGCUGAGCUAA